AUGAAGAUAAUGGUGAUAGGAGAGUUAUUAAAAAGAAAGAGGAGAGGAAGCAACAACUUAGAGUUGCUCUGUCAUGGUACAGAUAGGAUAGCUUUCAAAUGGUGUGAAACUCCAGAACUUGAAUACAUAGUGCAGUAUUCAUUAGUCAAGGACACCACUUGGACCAGCACAGAUCGAAUGGACAAAUGUUCCUUUUUGUUGGAUGGUCUCAAGUCAAAUAGUGAGUAUAGAAUUACUCUGAAAAUAAUUUUGGAUCAUCAUACUGAAGAGGAAAUAUCACAUCAGUUUAGAACACUUCCAGAAGGUGUAGUGCUGACACCAGUAGAUGUCGUACAGCUGCAAGAUGUCUGGGCUGAUUCCCCUGCUUCAGCAUCUGCCGAACUCUCGUGGAGCUUUGCGCCGGGUUUCCCAUGUCACUAUGGACUGGUUCUGUGGAAAACUGCUGCCAUCUCUCAUGCGAACAUGUCUCAAGUCAAAUAUCCAGAACCCUUGGACCACAUCCUAGUGUCCAAUCUAGAGCUGGGCACCAGUUACAAGUUUGGAGUCCGAGCUCUACCAGGCCCUGACCUAGAGCAAGAGAGUGAGGUGACGUGGCUCUACUUUGAUGUACCUCCUUGUCUCUACUUCUACCCUGGGAACCUCACAGUCUGCAGACCUCAGGCUCCCACUGAGCUGACUGCUGAAGACCAUCUGUCAGACUCUGGUGAUUGUGAGCUCCAUGUGCAGUGGCAACCUCCAGCAGACAUACCUUACAGCUACAACCUCACCGUAACACAGUACGACCCCAAGGAUACUGAUUACCACUCUGUCUCUUACACUGUCUGUGGGAACUGCUCAGAAAUGGUUUUGUCCAGUCUAGACCAGCUAUCUGAUGUGUUGCUGGCGUUGUAUGCUGAGUCUCCAGCAGGUGCUAGUGAAGUUGAAGCAUUGCAUCUUACAGACAUCUGCAACAACCAGUACAUGGGGUUUUGGCACUACAGUGUGAAGGAAGGUGUCUUCUCUGCCAGGAUUGCUGGGCUUUUGUCAAUCUUCUGCUUUCUGUUGAUACUUUUUGCCACACUGUUAUUUGUUUUCUUCAGGCAAAAGACACAGAUAAUGAAUAAAAGAAGCGAACAUGUUAAGCCAAUGAAAAAGACAUCAAGAAGCAGUGAAGAUAGUUGCGAUGUUCCACCUUUUGAAGGGGACGAAUAUGAGAUUCCCAAGGACAGUUUGCUGAUCUGUGACAUGAUUGGAGAAGGUGCUUUCGGUGUUGUACAUAAAGGCCUGCUCAGCAGACCUUCAGGGGCUCCUCUGGAAGUAGCAGUCAAAAUGUUACGAGCCAACCCGACAGCAGAGGAGAGCCGUCAGUUCCAGAAGGAGAUAGCAGUGAUGAAGACUGUGGGAAGACACAAACAUAUUGUCUCUCUGAUUGGCUGUUGCACUCAGUCUUGUCGUCUGCUGCUCAUUGUGGAGUUCUGCGCCCUGGGAGACCUUCAGAAUUAUCUGAGACAAGAAUGGAAGAAACAGACAGAGAACAAUCCUACAGAAGUGUACACUGUAGGGAAUAUUCAGUACGCUGAUAUCAUUACAGUGCAAAGCAAUGGGAGUUAUGCCAGACCGAUAACCUUAGACAGAACCAGCUCUCCUGGUGUUGUAUCAAAUGCCUUGUAUGACUUUCAUGUCAGAAAUAAGGAACAUGAAAGAAAAAACUUGUCUGAACAUUUACUAUCAUUUGCUCGUCAGAUUGCUGUUGGCAUGGAGUACCUGGCCAGCAACAAAGUUGUCCACAGAGAUCUGGCUGCUCGCAAUGUCUUGGUCUGCAAUGACCAGUCCGUCAAGAUCUCCGACUUUGGACUCAGCAGAGACGUUUACGAGCAGAACAUUUACUGCAAGAAGAGUUCAGAGAAACUUCCAGUCAAGUGGAUGGCGUUAGAGUCACUACUACAUCAGAUAUACACCACCCAGAGUGACGUUUGGUCGUUUGGGGUAUUACUGUGGGAGAUAGUGACUCUCGGAGGCAACCCUUAUCCUUCCACUCCGACCAAUCACAUGUUCCGAUUGCUGAAACACGGCUUUCGCAUGGAACAGCCACCGACAUGCAGCAAUGAGCUGUAUGCCAUCAUGCUAUCCUGCUGGAAGGAGAAGCCAAGUGAUCGGCCGACGUUUGCCUCUCUAGUACGACAAUUGACUGAGCUACUAGAGGCAGCGUCUCCUCAUCAGUAUCUAGAUCUCAGUCAGCUCAGUGGUAGCUGGGGUCCCAGGAGUGACAGUGAGAGAGACAACACGUGACUAUCUUGUCAAGUUUGGAACACUUCGACCAGACUUCCCCUCGCCCCGGUUACAUGAUGUUUUACCU